GAUUUGUCGGAGGGAUAGGGGAGGAGGAGGAGAAAGUGAAAGGGGAGGAGUGGAGGAGAAACCCCGGCCUGUUGGGGAAGAGGGAGAUGUGAUUGUGUGUGUUUGGGACGAGAAAGGAGAGUACAGAGUGAUCACAAACGAGGCAAAAGUCCACGCGCGGGAGCAGCGCACUUCUCUCACGUGCUGGCGUGGAUUCGUACCGGGAGAAAGUUAAACGCGUCGUCGGAGUGACUUCUGCUAAGACUUUGUUUUACCUCCUCUCUUUUGCCUUUGCUCCCCCUCCGCCCUGCAUUCCGCGGAGCAGCUGUGUUUUAAUGCCCCUGCGCACCCGAGGAGGAGAGCAGGGAGAGAAGAGUGAGGAAGAAGAAGAAGAAGAAGAAGAAGAAGAAGAAGAAGAGGAGGAGGAGAAAGAAGAAGAAGGAGAAGUGAGGAAGCCUGGACACCACCCCUCCUCGUCCUCUGGAGGUCUGUGCACUCUCCCCUCCUGGCCCUGCAUGGACGGGGAUGGGGAGAGCCGGAUGCUGUUGCCGCGAGGCUGAGCGCCUCGCCUCCCCGUCUCUGGUGCGCCGCUUCCGGCCACUGCUGCUGCUGAUCAUCGCUCUCUGCUGCGGAGCACACAUAGGUAACUAACAACACCUGAACACUGCAACAACAAGAGUGUCAUAACAGCAACUAAUCUGCACUUUUAUAUAGUCUACCGUCUAGUGGCGGACUAAUUGAAGUACGCCACAAAAAAGUGCUUCACAGGAACAACAUUUGCUGUCAGUUUUCAGAUUGAAUGUCAUCAGAGCGACUUUCUAUUAGCGUUUGUGAUCAUAGUUGGGCCGAUCCUUGUGUUGGGCCCACUGCUGCCUGACAAAAGCUCUCUCUCCAGCGGCAGUGCAGCAGUCUGAGCACGGAUCGAGUUUCUCCUCCUCUCUCCUGGGCCGUCAUUCUCCUGUCUGCCCCUUAAUGGCUCAUGGAGGGGGGAAGAGAAGGCAAGAGAGGGCAACUACCUCUUCUCAGGUUCAAACAAAACAGAAUACAUCUUACUGAAAACACAUUAGGAGCUCAAAUCUGGCUGUGAAAAGUUAAAACCAGGGCUGAUCAAUGAUUAAAAUCUGACUGCUUCUUUUUGUGUACACUCAAGUGAAAGAUAGUGGAAACCUUUAAAAGUGAUCAUUUUAAAGUUUAUUUUUCUACCUAAAUUAUGAAACGGUUUAGAGAGCUAGAAAAGUGGUAGUUCAGGUUGAAAGUGGCGUCAAAAUUAAUAGCAGUAUGGCACAGAAAACAGAUCUACACUCAGUAGGAAUGUGUUAGCUACAAGGUUUUCCUAGAAAUGUUGACACUUGUUUUCAAAAAACUACUUUGAUAUCACCAUUUCAAAAUCAGAUAUACUACCCUCUAAUUCUCUCAUUUCAAUAUCAGUUUUAUUCUGUGAGGUAAACCCACAGGUUCAUGUUUCUGCACACUCUCCUCUCUCCAGAAGCCUGUGUCUGUGUGUUAUGUUGUGUGCAGGGGGUCGGCUGUUGUGGCGGCUGUCUGUUGAGCAGUCACACCUCCGGUAAUUAGUUUAACACGGCUCAGGCAGCAGGACAAAACGGCCCCGGCAUGGUGGGAACAGAGAAAACCCACUCCACAUUAAAGACCCUCUUGGCACCUUCUGCGUCCACGCGUCAUGUGGAAAGAAUGUGCAUUAUUGUCGUCUGUUUUGGCCAAACAGAAAGUUUUUAUUUAUUAUAACUCGUACACUUCAAGGUGUUUUGACAUAUUGUGCGGCUUUGUGUGUCUGUUUGAAUGGGGAGGGAGGAAUGUCUGAUUCGUGGACUAUUGUUCGCUCACCUUACCGUCUAGUGUCGAGUGCAUGCAGUAGUGAGCUUCUGUAAAGCUUUGUGUCUAAGCUUUGCAGGGCUGUUAGUGUGGUUUGAGCUCAGUUGUGAGUGAAAGAGAGAGAGAGUGCACACAACAAGGUGAUCAAUAAGCACUUCACAAGCCAUUCCCUCAGUCUGAGAGAUGAUCCCAGUAGAUCCUUGCUUGAUCUCCUGAGAUCAGAGAAGUUCUAGGGAGACAAAGAAUCGAAGCCGCCCCAGAGCUUCAGCUGGGGGGAUCUUUUGACCUCUGCCUGAUGGGAGUGAGGGAGCCUGGGGAUGUGAUGAGGAGAAGUGACCAGGGAAUCAGACCGAGAGGGCUGUGGGCUGAAAACACAACAGUCUUUGCUGUAUCAAAAUAGUGCUGAUGGGAGGAAAUGAUUUGAGCCAGGAGGGAAAAAACAAGCUGUAAAAGAAAAACCGAGACCUGUGAGGUGAUAAAAGCAUGUGGAAGAGGGGGAUGGAGAGAAAAGACAGGUUCAGAUUGUGAAGGAGUGGUGGGUUUUAUCAUGUCUAUAUUGGAAACUCACCCGGGGGAUGUAACAAGCCAGGCUGUGGGUGUGUUGAACGGCCGUGGUGUAUUAGCUCCUCACAUGAGGAGUUAUUUCUUGUCUUCUUCGUGCCAUUUUCAACUCAAUUUGGUAUUCAUCUCAAGUCACCGCAAAUUGCUUAUUUAUAUGCAUGGAUUAGAUUUUCUUUUGAAAGUACAGGUAUAGAGAAAAGGCUUAGGAGAAAGGCUUCCUAAAGACGGGGAUGACGAAUAAGCCUUGAAGACUACGAUUAUUCUUUAAACUCUACUUUUUGCUUGAUGCUUCACAGAAGUGGUCAGUUGUAGAGCUCCACUUUUGAAAAUGUUAGGUCACUUGAGCAGACACUUGUUCUCAAGAAGGUUUCAACAGUUAUUGCAAGUCAACGACGGUCUGGGCCCAGUCCUUCACUUCCAGGUUGAACUCCCUUCUCGCUACAUUAUCCAUCACAGAGUGAGCGCUUUUGUGUGUUUUUUAAGCAGCUCAUGAUGCUGAUACCCUUCGAAAGAGAAUAAACCCACUCUUAUUAGAUUGGGAGCGGUAUUUCGGUACUGCAGGGCAGAUAGGAGGGAGAAAAAGAGGCUGCCGGAGCGCCAGUCAAAGACACAAUGUGUCCUCAGUGCUCAGACUGUCUGUACAGCGGUGGCUGGCAUGGCAGGCAGCCUGUGUGUGUAUGCGCGUGUGUGCGUCUGUGGGUUGGUGUCAGUAUUUAACAGGCAGGGGAGAGAUUCUGAAAUGUGGUGUGAGUGGGGGUCUAUACCUGUACCCCUGUUCUUUAAAACUCAGAACACUACUGCCCCCAAAUGGUGACACUAGAACCUGUUUUCCCCCCAAAAUCAAAGAAAUGUGUAAAGAAGAGCUUCAGUGUGCGCUGUGCGUGUGUUAGAUAAAACUUAUGGUUGUUAAGAGAUGGUGUGACAUGAAAAGAAUCUGUUGAUUUGGGUGAAAAACACGUUCACUCUGGUUUUGCGUUUGAUCAUCCCACCAUCCAAAGAUCACUGACUUUGUGAGUUAAACGGAAGCACGACUCGCAUUCUUUCCAAGAUAGCUAUUUGUGUGUGUGUGUGUGUGUGUGUGUGUGUGUGUGUGUGCAGCUGCCCUUACACUGCAGAGCCCCUCUCUGGCUUAAUCUAAUAGGAGCAUGCUGUGACUGAUGCAUUAGAUCCACUCUCUAAUCUCCCUCUCUCGUUCCGACUCUCCCUCUUUCUCUCUCUCUCUCUCUCUCUGAGGAUCUGUGAUAUAAAAGACGUUUUUUUUUUAACCUUGUUGCAUUCAAUAGAUGAAACAUCAGGGAUGAUUUUAAGACCAAAAAUGUGUUCCUAAUUGGUAUGAAGCACAGAAAAAUCUGUCUUUUGGCUACAAUUCAGCUGAAACUUCUCAUGACAGACAAACUCCAAAGUGUUAUUCACAAAAAAUACUUUUUUGUUUGAAGGUUUUUGUGCCUAAACUACAAAAUAAGCCCCCAAAAUGACCACAGAGCUUUAUUAAAUGCCUCUCAAAUGUACAGGGUAUUUCAGUAUGCACAUCCCAUCUUGUAUUGUCUGUGUAAUACUGUUUGUGUUUUGUGCUCCUGGGCUAUACAGGCAGUAUUAUCUCCCUGUUUGUGGAAAAAAAUCUGUCUUUAUCUUCUACCUUUGGCUGCUCUUUGGUUUAUUACACUUCAGGUUUAUUACACUCACAGAGCAGCCGGCUGAUUGAUCAAGACUUUCAUCCAGCAGUCGCUUCUUUUUUCCGACUUUAUUAGCUUGGAUUGUAACAGGCCGGUAGCUUUGAGUGUUUAAGUUCAAAGCUGUCUGAAUGCAGUUUUUUUUAGUGCUUUCAGACCAUCAAUUAUUAGUUAAACCCAAGCUUUUUAUGAGGACAAUAUCUACGUUUUCAGACCUUCACUAUCACUGUAUUGACAUCCUUUUACUUACUGUUUCUUCAUCUACUUCUCUGUCUCUCCAGGUCAGUGCCAGGUUGUCACCCCUCAGUGUCGUAUCCAAAAGUGCACUACUGACUUCGUCUCCCUCACCUCCCACCUGACCCCAGCAGUGGAUGGCUUCCACACAGAGUUCUGCAAAGCUCUACGCGCAUACUCGGCCUGCACCCAGAGGACUGCCAAGUCCUGCCGAGGUAACCUGGUCUUCCACUCAGCUGUGCUGGGCAUCUCCGACCUUAUGAGCCAGAGGAACUGCUCUAGAGAUGGGCCUACGUCCUCCACGCAUCCAGAGGUGGUGCACGAGCCCUGCAACUACCACAGCCGGACCCAGCACGCACAUGCACACUCCCACACGCAUGCACACGCGCACUCUAACAGUCAUAAUCACGGCCACGGCCACUCUCGGCCCGGGUACCUGUUCUGCGGGCUGUUUGGGGACCCCCACCUGAGGACAUUCAAGGACAGCUUCCAGACCUGUAAAGUGGAGGGGGCGUGGCCUCUUAUUGAUAAUGACUAUCUGUCAGUGCAGGUCACUAAUGUCCCUGUGGUUCCAGGCUCAAGUGCCACAGCGACCAAUAAGGUGAGAGGAACAACUUUUUAAAAAGAGGCUUUCAGGUUCGGGGGAGUUUCUGAUAGGUGAUAGGAGAUGAUGCAAUCUACUUAAUUUAUGUGGGGAUGUUCAGACGAAACGAUAAAUUCUGCUUCUUUUCAAAUAGAGUCUCGAACACUUUCUCUAUUUCUCCUCUGUUUUUUGUCUUUCUUUCUGCUUCUCUCUGCCUCUUUUCUCUGUUGGCCUCAUUGGUGCAUGUUGUUGUGUGUCUGUCUCCUGUGACUGCAGCAGUGUUGGAAACUUAACUGGGUUAAUGGCUGCAUGCAGCCUGACCUCUAAUAACAUGGAAUGAUAUGUGUGAAAGGACCCACUGUUUACUCAAGUGUGUGUUUGCAAGUCUUAGUCUGUGUGUGUGUGUGUGUGCGUGUGCGGCUCAUAAAUGGCCCUGCUUCCACUUAUCUUAAAGCUCUAAGUGUGCUGAAGGUGUCUAUCCUUGUAUGACAAUAAAGACGCACACAUACGCAGAAACUUCAUGGACAUCAAAUGGAUGACGAACUGCACAAGGUGAUCUUUGUGGUGUUAAAGGAGCUUUGUUGAUGUUUCCCUGGAUGAUCUAGCCUCUUUCGCUCAGUCGAUAGCUUUAAUUAUUAAAAACACAUACACACCCAUACAGACACUUAGUCAUGCGCACACUCACACAAACAUGCACACACACAUUAAGCAAAUAGGAGGUUUGCUACACUGUGGAGCUGAAGUUUUGACCUUGUGUCAGAGGUGGGGCAAGUUAUUAGUCACGAUUAUUAGGGACACACACACACACACACACCACACACACACAUGCACACACACACACAUUAACAGCCCUCCAGGCUUAAUGGCUUGCCAGGCCUCAUUCCUCACGGCUGUCAUGUGAACAAAGCAGCCAUUCACCGGAACUAUGAUGCUAGUGCUAACCGUAAUGCUCACACCACACCCUACAUCCAGUGAGGCCUCCACACUCCACCAGAGCCCUCUGUGUUUUUAUAUGUGAAGAUGUCUGCUGAGCUACUUUAUUACAACUAGUUAAAGAGUAAUUUAGUAUCAAAUGUAGUGUGUUGCCGAUCAAUAUCGAAGUGUUUUUUAAUAUUUCUGAGUGUUUGUUUGUGUGACUGAGAGGGAGAUCAUGACUUAAGUCCGGGGUUGCAAACACAGAUCAGAUGAUAUCUCACUAUCAAGUACUCUGGCGCUUUUUCUUCUUACUUAUUUGGUCCAUGCAUGAUAUGGUCCAUUUUAUCAAGAAAACCAUGAUAAACAAAAAAAUUUAACCAACAUAUGUGAAAUAAACUGAAUCCAAACAGAAGUGAGCAAGAAGCCUUCACAGAUUUAAAAACAAAUAUCUUUAAAGAAAGUUUUAAUAACGGCUGAUGACUUUCAUUGAAAAGGUAAACUUAGUGGACUUGCACCUUUCAGCUGUAUAAAAACAGUUUGUUUCUGUGUUGUUGUUGUUUGUUUUUGUUGAUGCUAUUAAAUGAACUAAACUGUGUUAUCACCACAGCUAGCCUAAUGCUCGCUUUCUCCCUCUCUGUAGAUCACCAUCAUCUUUAAGCCGUACGAAGGCUGCACAGAGCAGAGGGUGUACCAAGCAGUCACAGACAGUCUCCCUGCCGCCUUCGAUGAUGGGACGAUAAGCAGCGGAGACCCAAUCCACACCUCGACUGGUGUAGAAGGUGCCACUGGUAAGGUCCGUGCUCUGUGGAUCUCUGAGCGCAGCCCCGGACGCCACGUGGAGCUGCAUGCCGGCUACAUAGGUGUAACUGUGAUCGUUCGCCAGCUGGGCCGCUACCUCACCCUGGCGGUGAGGAUCCCAGAGGAGCUGGCUCAGGCCUAUGAUGCCACCCAAGACCUUCAGCUGUGUCUGAACGGCUGCCCCAGCGGAGAGCGAAUUGACCAGGCUGGGCAUCUUCCCCUUCCUCUCUCCCCACCUGCUCUAGGCCUGCAGCUUCAGCAGCUACGUCGGCCCAGCUUUGCCUCACAGACACAAGCAUCACCUUAUGUCUCUGCGCAGGUCUUUGGGGUGGAGGGAGCAAAGGAGCGCUGCAGGGAGCAGCUGGAGGUGCAGGACAUUUACUUCCACUCCUGUGUGUUUGACCUUCUGACCACCGGAGAUGCUAACUUCACUGUGGCUGCAUACAGCGCCCAAAAGGACAUGGAGAGUCUACACCCACACCAGGAUAGAUGGAGAAUCUACCCCCCCAGAUCUGCCAUGUCCACCCUGUGCUCUUACUCUAAGCUUGUUGAACAGCUUGCUCUGCUCCUGCUAUGUGCUAUAAGCAUGGCAGUAAUGUCCGAGUAAGAGUGGGACUCUUUGUGUGUCCCUGCAAGCUUGUGGGCUUGUUUGUGUGUGUGCACUGUUAGCAUGCACUGAUUCCCACCUUCAGCGGAGAGGAAGCAGCCAGCUGGACUUUAUUUUUUUUGGGAACUAUAAUUUUUGUAGAAGAGCUGGCAGAGUACCCCCGGCAGUCGCAGGAGAUACCUGCAACACAGACUGCAUCUUACUUGAGUGUGUCUUUAUCAAUGAAAAGGACUCCUGAUAAGGACACACAGUCACCUGUGAAGGGUGUAGAAAGUGUGUAAAUACACUCCGAACUGUAAAUAGCUUGUCUGCAGUGCAAAGUGUAACGGCGUAGAGUUUUUUUGGUGUCAUUUGAUGUGACUUUCUUUGAUACCUCAGACAGAGGAUGUUUGUUUUAACAGAAGCACUUUAUUUAGUUUUUUUUUAUUUGACUUUUUUAACAAAUCCACAUCAGUGUUUCUUCCUCUCACUUACCUUCUCCACCAAAUCCACCAAAAUAUUUACAUGUAAUGGCUUACAUGUUUGAGCUCAUGUAUGGUUUUACUAGUGAUAUUUUCAAAGUAAAAGUCUGUCAAAUCCAAGGAGCUGCCAUAUUUAUUCAAACGUGUCAAUCUUCCUGUAGCUGAUGUGACUCAGCGUCUCAUGUAAUGUCAGUCAAUGUGAGUUGUCCUCUUUUGAAUGUAUUAUUAAUUUUGUCAAAGCAAAUGCCAUUAGUACUACUGUUCCUGAAUGAGUCUGUUUUUUUUCUCUCAGUCCUGGUUUCAAAGAUGUUUGAUCGAAUGAGUGAAUACGCGUGUGUGGCUGUGGCAGUGUUUUUUUUAGUUCACCUAAGAAUCAUGUUGUAGGUGUUCCCACCUUUUUUUUUUGCCAAGAUGCUGUGUCAAAACAGGCAAAGUGUGUUCUUUUUUAAUUUGAGCCAAAGAGAGAGUUAAUUUAUGGUUUUCUUGUACAAAUCGAUAUAGAACUCACUGAGGAACCAGCAUCCUCCUCCUCCUCUUCCUCUUCCUCACACUCUCUGUUUUUAAAUAUUUCUACUGUAGACGGUUUUAUUUCUACUAGAGCCGCUCUUAACCGGGAUACAGGAAAGACACAAGACAUUGCAAAGUUGCAGUGUGGGAAAUGUAUGCCGUAUGACAUUUGAUAUCUUCCGGAGAAGCUAACCCUUAAGACUACGUACCUUUUAUCAAUUUGUAUUAACAUGCUCUGUUUGGUUGGCCACAUGAGCUUGAUCUCACUUUUGGCGUAUUUUGAGUGUCAGUUUGGUGAACUGUGGCUGGUUGAUGUUGAAAUACUUAACUUAUUUAUGACUGUAGUGUCCUAGAGGAAGUGAAGCUUGUUGUUGUUGGAAAAUAAUUAAAAAAAUGUCAGAUGUGAUUGUACUGCCACCUAGUGGUGCUCUGUUGCUAUGUCUGUGUUACUCAUGGCGCUCAAAAAAUAAGAAAAAAAUGGUGUGCAAGUGUUUUAUUUAAAAAACAAUAAAGUAAAAAUGGUUCAAGCUUA